UGAAAAAAAAAAAAACAUGAAAGAUCGGUGACCCGGUUGUUACAGUUUAUCCUCGUGAUCUUCACAAACCCUUUUAGGGAUCUUCAUAAUUGGCAAACUCAUCGUCUUCUUCGACCAGAAUGACAUGGUUAAACAAACCCUUCAAAUAUUCAGGAAUGUAUAUGUAUAUUUACAUUUACAGUGGAAGAAACAUUAAAAAUUUAGCCCACGAAAAUGAUAGGUAAAGCAGUCACAUCACUCGUGAUCUUUCUCGUAACCAUCUUCAUCACAUACUCAAUCACAACCGGAGGUUUAGGAUCCGGACGAUUUGGUACAGUUGAUUUGAAAUCCCAGUUAUCUUUCUUCUCCAUUCCUAAAAAUGAUACCCCAUUACCUUGUCGCAGCCGAUCUCCGCUCAGGGUUUUCAUGUACGAUUUGCCCAAGAGGUUUAAUGUCGGUAUGAUGAGCAGUAAGUUCGCCGGAGACGAUAAUUCGCCGUUGAAUGCCAAUAGUCUGCCGACGUUGCCGCACUAUGCAGGGUUACACCAACAACAUAGUGUGGAGUAUUGGAUGAUGGCGUCGCUCUUGUAUGAAAAUGCUACGGUUGAUGAGAGCAGUGAGGCAUUGAGGGUUUCGAAUCCUGAUGCAGCGGAUGUGUUCUUUGUUCCGUUUUUCUCUUCGAUGAGUUUCAAUACUCACGGGAAGAACAUGACAGAUCCCGAUACUGAAUUUGAUCGACAAUUACAGGUUGACAUCCUUAAAUUUUUGAGGGAAUCUACCUAUUGGCAAAGAACUUCUGGAAGAGAUCAUGUAAUUCCAAUGCAUCAUCCAAAUGCUUUCAGAUUUCUUCGGGAUGAGGUGAAUGCAUCUAUUCUCAUUAUUGCAGAUUUUGGAAGAUACUCAAAAAGCAUGGCAAAUUUGCAUAAAGACGUUGUCGCCCCUUAUAUGCAUGUAGUAAAGUCUUUCAUGGAUGAUGACUCUUCAAAUCCUUACAAGUUGCGUACCACUCUUCUUUUCUUCAGAGGAAGAACAGUAAGAAAAGCCGAAGGCAAAGUUCGUGCCAAGCUGGAAAAAAUACUAAAAGGUUAUUCAGAUGUACAUUUCGAAGCAGGCUACGCUACAGGAGAAGGCAUAAACGCUUCAACACAGGGAAUGCGGACAUCAAGAUUCUGUUUACAUCCAGCUGGCGACACGCCGUCUUCUAACCGACUGUUUGAUGCUAUCGUGAGCCACUGUGUACCGGUGAUAGUAAGCGACCAUAUUGAGCUCCCUUUUGAGUCAGAAUUAGACUACUCAAAGUUUUCGGUUUUCUUUUCGGUAAAAGAGGCUUUGGUUCCGGGGUAUAUGGUUGAAGAGCUUAGGAAAAUACCCGAAGAGAGGUGGGUUGAAAUGUGGGGUCGGCUUAAAGAAAUUGCACAUCAUUAUGAAUAUGAGUACCCUCCCAAAAAAGAUGAUGCGGUUAAUAUGGUGUGGAAGGAGGUUAGGAGUAAAGUUCCUGCUGAAAGACUUGCUGUAAAUAGAAACCGCAGACUCAAAGUGCACGAUUGGUGGUGAUUGGUGAGAGUGACGAUAACAAUUUUUUGUAAAAUCGGUUAACAUUGAUAGAUGCUGUAGUUUUCAUUUGUAUCCCUAAAAUAGGGAAAAUAGAGUUUCUAGGGUGGGAAUCAUA